GUUGCGACGCCGUGGUAAGUUUUAAAGAGUCAUUGAACAGGCCUAACAAUGAGCAUCACUAGUCUCAGCAUAACGCUGCAUGAUAGCUGACACGCAGUUGUCAUAGUAGAGUAGAGUGGAGAAAGAAGGAGGAAUUUGUUUACCCUUGAGCGAAGAUCGCGAUCGCGUUUAAAACAAAGUGAAUUCGAACAAACUACGUUCAGAGAUUGCCGUUUAUUAGCACUAUCUUUUGUGUAUUAUUUGACCUAGGAGGUCCAAAAGUCGGUGUAGAUCACUCUAAAACCUCAUAGCUGCGGUGAAUUUGCAGCACAUAUACAACAGAAGCCAGUAUUGCAAAUAGGGGAGAAAGGCCCGUUUUGUACACUGUGAGCAAACUGUAAGUAGAUGCAAAAACAAAAAAGAAACUUAUCUGUUACCUGAAUUAUUUGUGUGUCCCCAUUUGGACAGGUUAGGGUAAAGGCACCAAAAUCCAUCACGGGAUAAAUCGUAGGAGAAGUAGUGGGACAGAAAACCACUUCUUGUGAGUAUUUAGUUUGAGUUAGAUUAGAAAUGUUGUUAUAAUUCAUUAAAUAAAUUUCAGUUUUGAGCGUUGCUGAAAACCAAUCAGCUGCUGUGAAAAAUUUGGUUUCCCUUCGGGAACAUUCUCAAAAAAGAAGUGAUACGAAGUGUCGCUGUGAGAAGUUCGUCCUACCCGCAAAUGGCUUCUGAUUCCGAAUCCGCGAAGGACAAAACCGUCCGAAAUCUCACGGAAACUUCUUGUGGGAUAUGCGGUGCCUCGAUCUGUGACGAAAUGAUGGUUGAAUGUGAUGGAUGUACGAGGUGUUUUCAUAUCCGAUGCGUGGGUAUCCAGUCAAGUAAACUACCCAAAAAUUGGUACUGCCACAGCGAGGCCUGUCAGGAGAAAGCCCUGGAGUAUCAAAAACAGAAGAAGCAGACUCGCAGUCGGAAGCAAACCGAAGAGUCUGACAAAGCCAGCGUCAACUUUCGCUCGGAGGCAUCUAUCGUUGAAACCAGAGUCAGAGCGCUAGAAGAUCGUCAUAAGCGGCAGUUGGAAGAGCUGGAAGUGGAAAUGCAGCUGCGGAAGAAGGAGCAGGAGAUGCAGCGGGCGUUCGAAAAGAAGAAGAUGGAGAUGGAGCUGCAAAUGAGUGCAGAGGAAGAAGAAGAAAAGGGUGUUUGGCAGGCGAAGAUGCUCCAGAAGAAGAGAGGCCAAAUCCAGCGGAUGAAAGCGAACUGGGAGUCGUUCGAGAAGCAGAUGGCGGACUUGGACAAGGAGUUAGCGGGGCUCUCGAGCGGCAAGGUGCUACCAGCGUCGAAAAGCUUUGCGGAUGUUAUGUUUGUGAGUCCAUCCGGCAAAUCCAACCAAAACGCGUUGAAGCUGAUGAAGGCGAACAUCAUGGAGUCCGUGGAAGACGACGAAGGUACCGAGGGCAAGAGUGAGGUUGACGAAUACUGCGAAAAUUCGGAUCGGCACAGCCAGAGUUCCGAUUCGUCUAUGGGGGAGAAGGUCAAGAAAAAUGUGUCGUUGAGAAACUGGAAGCAGGUCAACAGUGGAAGCCAAAACGGGCUGGGGCAACAGCAGCCCAGACCGACAAAGGCACAGCUCGCUGCCAGGCAGGGGUUAACGUACAAGCUCCCCAAAUUUUCGGGCAAACCAGCACAGUGGCCACUGUUUUACGCCGCCUACAAAGCGUCCAACGCAACAUGUGGCUACAUGAACCAUGAAAAUCUGAUGCGGCUGCAGGAAGCGCUCGAAGGUGAUGCUCUCGAGUUGGUGAGCGGACAGCUUCUUCUUCCCGAAACAAUCCCAAGGGUCAUCGAGAAGCUGCGUCGCCAUUACGGCCGUCCUGAGCAGCUUCUUGAAAGUCUGCUGGACAAAAUCAAUCGACUAGACCCUCCUCAACCGGACAGCCUGAAGAGUUUCAUCCCAUUCGGAAACACGGUGGAACAACUCUGCGACCAUAUGGAGGCAGCGGAUAUGCGGCAGCAUCUCGUGAACCCGUUGCUGAUCAAGUCGCUGGUCGCAAAGCUACCGGAUCGUGAAAAGCGCGAGUGGGUCCACUACCGUAGAGGACGUGGCGAAGUAACUUUGCGAACACUUACGGACUUCCUGAUGGAUAUAGUAGCAGAUGCUUGCGAAGCCAACGUCGACAUGGAGUUUGAGCAGCUACACCAAUCCAUCACAAUUCCUCAACCAGAGGAAAGUGAGGAGCACGCUGGACUAUACUGUCACAGCGUGACCACCAAUUCAGCAGCAAAUGUCAGCAAGGAGAAGACCCACCGCAGAGAAUUCCACAACUCGUCAAUGCAUCCGGUCGAAAAUACGUUCGGAUUAAGUGCAAACGACCAUGCAAACUGCGCGGUCUUGUUCCGGAUCGUUCCGGUACAGUUGCACUAUAAGGGAAAAACGAUUUCAGUGUUGGCGUUCCUGGACGAAGGUGCUUCCGUCACGCUGAUGGAGCAAAAGCUCGCCGACCGUCUGGGCGCGGUCGGAGUACAAGAGCGAUUGACCAUCCGAUGGACAGGAGACGUUUCCAGAGUGGAGGAUUCACGGCGUAUGAGUCUGUGGACAUCAAGUUCGAGUGCUAAUGCCAGCGACAAAACGUUGCUGCACACUGUCCACACAGUCCAAAACCUGAAGCUACCGCACCAGAAGCUAGACUACGAGGAGAUCGCUGCGCAGUACGCCCACUUGCGAGGACUUCCUAUAGAGUCGUACGAAGGUCAGCCAAAACUGCUCAUCGGUGCGAACAACAUUCAUUCGUUUGCUCCGAUGGAAGCAAGGGUAGGAAAUCCGAUGGAACCGAUCGCUGUUCGGACAAAUCUCGGGUGGACAGUCUACGGCCCAAGAUAUUCGACCAGCGUGGCAGCCAGUAACUAUCUGGGCUACCACCAGCAAAUUAUCAGUGUAGACCAGCAUAAGCAUUUCAAAAGCCGUUAUGCGACGGAAGAUACAAUGAGAGCACUCUCUCAGGAAACAGAUGAAGAGAAAGAACUCCAGCGAAGCCCGGAGCGCACCAACAAGCCGACCAGCAAUUGCUUCGAAACUGAAUUGCUCGGGAAAAUAGAUGAUCUGCAAAUUCCGGACAGUUAUCCUAGGACACUGCCUACAAAGAAGCGCUUCGAGAAAAACCAGAAGCGAUGUGGCAAUUUCGCGGCUCCGCCAAAACAGAGGUUGGUAAUCGAGGGGACAACAACAAAGCGCGUGUCGGUGCAGGAAGCAUAUUCUCGACGAGAAGAGCAGCCAAAAGCACAGAGGUCAGGCAGUUGGUCUGUAUUGAUGAACACAAGUAGCAGUAAGUGGAAGCGCCAAUCGGGAAGUUCGCCAGAGAAUAUACAGCAACAAUCCAAGUGCAUCGAUGAGCAAAAUCCGCUCAAGUUGGGUGACUCUGAAUUCGGGAUCCACAGCGAAAAUCGAAGGUCGUUGAAGCGAGAAGAUGUAGAGGUAAAUAUGCAGAGCUCGGAUGGACGAAUCCGACAAGCACGCGUGAGUCCGCUGAUGAUACAAAAUCGAAUCGACGUCGUUGAAAGGAACGGUAAAUUCGAGAAUGCCGAAUGUUACGGGCUGGGGUGUUGCGACGCCGUGGUAAGUUUUAAAGAGUCAUUGAACAGGCCUAACAAUGAGCAUCACUAGUCUCAGCAUAACGCUGCAUGAUAGCUGACACGCAGUUGUCAUAGUAGAGUAGAGUGGAGAAAGAAGGAGGAAUUUGUUUACCCUUGAGCGAAGAUCGCGAUCGCGUUUAAAACAAAGUGAAUUCGAACAAACUACGUUCAGAGAUUGCCGUUUAUUAGCACUAUCUUUUGUGUAUUAUUUGACCUAGGAGGUCCAAAAGUCGGUGUAGAUCACUCUAAAACCUCAUAGGUAAGCAACGAAAGUGCAAUGAUUAGUGUAGGAGAAAUAAUAAUUGCAAAAACACUUCCUCAGCUGCGGUGAAUUUGCAGCACAUAUACAACAGAAGGCAGUAUUGCAAAUAGGGGAGAAAGGCCCGUUUUGUACACUGUGAGCAAACUGUAAGUAGAUGCAAAAACAAAAAAGAAACUUAUCUGUUACCUGAAUUAUUUGUGUGUCCCCAUUUGGACAGGUUAGGGUAAAGGCACCAAAAUCCAUCACGGGAUAAAUCGGAGGAGAAGUAGUGGGACAGGAAACCACUUCUUGUGAGUAUUUAGUUUGAGUUAGAUUAGAAAUGUUGUUAUAAUUCAUUAAAUAAAUUUCAGUUUUGAGCGUUGCUGAAAACCAAUCAGCUGCUGUGAAAAAUUUGGUUUCCCUUCG